AUGAAAUCAAAGGCCAGUAAAUUCAUGUGGGGAUUUGAAAUAGACGUUGUUUUCAAAAAGGUCGAAAGUAGUUAUGGGCUACUAACUAAUCUAAACGAUACGUUCGAUGGACCUUUCACCAUCAAUACUGGCGAAGGUGAUAUUACGAAACUCGGAGAGUUGGAAGCGUUUAAGGGAAUGACAUUAAAUGACAUUUGGGACACUGAUUACGCAAACAUGCUUAACGGAACAACGAAUGUUGUAACUCCACCAGGUUUGAAAUUAGGUGACAAGCGCUACAUAUUCUUUGCUGGUUUAUGCCGUUCAUUUUCAGUCACAGCAACGGAAGCUGUCUUCUCAGAAGAUGUUCCUCAAUUGAAAGUGAGUACCAUUUUGUCACUUGCUCGGUUUGACAUUAUUACUGACUCAUUACCACAACGGAGAAUGGUGUGUUGUGCACUUGAACCAGCUGACAUAUGCCGAAUGCGUUAA